UCCAACAACAGCAGCCUCAAAGAGGCAGAAUGGUGAUUAGGUGCAGAUCAGCUCCAUUGCUCUCCCCCAGCAUCUCAAGAUUUAUCAAACACUCUUCUAUUUCUUCUUCCUCUCGCCUUCCUAUUUUCUUUAAAACGAGGAUUGAUUCUCUCAGCUUACCUAAAAACAUGACUUUACCCUCUAUUGCUAACUGCUUCUCUUCUACUGCUGCUGCUGCUGCUGCUGCUGCCACGGCCACUGCCCCAGUUCCCAUUGAAUCCACUUUGGUGGUGCUUUCGUUCUACAAGUUCGCUGAUUUUCCUGACCACGCUCAUAUGCGAAACUCCUUGAAGGACCUCUGCCAGCAGCUGCGUGUUUCAGGCGGUAUCAUUCUCGCACCUGAAGGAAUCAACGGAAGCAUAUGCGGGACUAGGGAAUCCGUGGACAAAGUGAUUGACUUCAUCAAAAGCGAUGAACGGCUGAAGGGGCUCAGACAGAUGGAAUCACCUGUCACUCCUGAGGAUGAAGCUAUCCAUCAUGGACACAGUGACACUUCUCCUCUGGCAGCAGGAGAGGAUACCCCCUUUCGGUGGGAUCAUGUCAGGGUCAAGGUGAAGAAAGAGAUUGUUACUCUAGGAAUGCCAGAGGUGUCUCCUAUUGAAAGGGUCGGGAAGUAUGUCAAACCAAAGGAGUGGAAUGAAUUGAUCAGUGACCCAGAUACUGUGGUGAUUGACGUCCGGAAUGCUUAUGAAACUAGAAUUGGGAAGUUUGAAAGAGCAGUAGAUCCUUGUACAACAUCAUUUCGCGAAUUUCCUUCUUGGGUGGAGAAUCAGUUCCAAUUUGAAGACACUGCGGAGGAGAACCAUCAAGAAGGAAACAAAGACACAGAUGUUGAGAGCCCAAAAGAAAAAAAGCCACCUCGUGUGGCUAUGUAUUGUACUGGAGGAAUUAGAUGUGAGAAAGCUUCAAGUUAUCUUCUCAGCAAAGGUUUCAAAGAGGUUUAUCACCUGGAAGGUGGGAUUCUGAAAUACCUAGAGGAAGUUCCAAAGUCUGAGAGCCGGUGGGAGGGUGAAUGCUUUGUUUUUGACAAGCGAGUCUCAGUGAAGCAUGGGUUGGAACAGGGUGAAUUCAAGCUGUGCUAUGGAUGUAAGCAACCAGUGAGUGAUGCUGACAUGGAAACUCGAGAAUGGGAGACUGGGGUUUCUUGUCCGUAUUGUUAUUCAUUGAAAUCGGAGGAAGAAAAGGAAAGGGCAAGAGCACGGCAUAUGCAGUUUAAGAGCUGGGGCCUCAUUGGAGGUCCUGACAAGGGUCGCCGGCCAAUAUCUAAACCAGAUAGUAAUACUAAUAGGAGCAGCUUAAACAAGCAGUCAAGCUGAAUGUAGGCAGUAAGCUGCAAGAAUAGAUGAUUUUGUUAGAAUGAACUUGGACUAUUUUUAUCUACCGGUGUCUCUGCCUUGCAGUGUUAUUAAUUAAUUCUUUUAUGUGUAAUUGAAAUUAGCAAAGCAGCAUUUCCUUUUAUUAUUACUCUUCACUCUUCAGCUAAAUGUUACUAUUUUAAAGCUUA